AUGGAAGAAAAGUUUGUCUGUGGAGGAUUUCCUAGAAAAACUGAUUUAGAAGCAGUUUAUUUGCAAAUGAAAAACAUUUAUAAAGAAGAAUUAACUGAAGACAAAUAUUUAAAGACUGACUGUGCCAUCGAACUUAAAGAACAAUGUCAAGAUUUAUAUGUUGGAGAUGAACUUGUUUUUGUUGAUAAUCUUGAAAAUUAUGGCAAAAAACUCCCUACUUUAUAUGCCCUUGUGGACAGGCUACAGUUCUUUUUAGUGAAAGAUCCACUUGUAGAUUCUGAAGGAAAGAAUUUAACAGAAGAGACUAUUUUCAGGAAAUGUUUGACAUUCCAAAAUGAAAUGAUGCAAGAGAGUAAAGCAGAAUUUCAGGGAAUUAAGGAAAACUUCAGUCCGAUGUCUUUAGAAGAUGAAGAGUAUUUGAUGUUGCCUGUUGAGUUGGAAGGCUACAGUACGAUUGGAUCAGAAGUGAAGAUUCCAUCAUACUUGAAACUGAAAGAGUUGUUAAAAUUAUCUCCAGAAACGAUGGGUGAUGAAGCCACAUGUGAAGAGUUGAUCAAAGAAAAUCUCAAUGCAGAAAUUGCAAAGAAAUCAGAAAUUUCCAAAUACUGUUCCAAACCAGAAGAGAUUUAUUACAGUAAUAGAAGUGCAUUGGAUUUCUUUGAGUCAGCUGAAUAUGCUGCAUAUCUGAAAGAGGAAAUGGAAGUACCUUUAAGCCCUCCUUACAGACAACAAAGAUCUCAGUUGAAUUUUCUGAAUACAGUACUCCAAGAGGAACCUCUUUCUGGUAACAGUGUUUUUAUUACAGAACCCUUUAGGGAACACUUAGAAUGUUUGGUUUGGCAGUCAGAAAAGUACUGGGAUGAUAUGAAAUCUCUUUUACUUAAAGAGUGUCAGACUGUCAAGCUUACCUGUCAGCAUCAUUUGCUUGCAGAACUGAAAGAACUACUGUCUGCUGAUAUAGAAAUACCAAUGCUUAGCUCAUUAGAAAUGGACUGGUGGCUUCAUAUAGGAUUAAGACCAGUCUCAUUAGAGACUUUAGAGCAAUUAAGUCUAGGUUCUAGUAGUACAAAUAUUUUUUUUCCUACAGAAGUAGAAACAUUCUCCCCAUUUACAUCAUAUCAGCUAGAAUGGUGGCUUGAAGAGAAUUCCAUGGCAAACCUGGAAUUGCUUUCUGCUGAAAAACAUCAGUUGGACAAAAAAGAUAAUCUCACCAUAUUCCCUGAGACUAAAAGCCAUCAGUUUUCCCUGCAUGGGAGUGCUGCAACUUCUGUCCAAAUACACAGUGCAAAUGCAUCUGUAGAAGAGCUUACUGGAGAAAAUAUGCAACUGAGUAAGGUAGAAAAGCCUAUUUAUUUCUUAAAUGAAGAAAAGAAGAUCCCCAAAUCACUUGAAUCAGUCAGCUGUAAAGAUGUAUCUUUUAAGCAAGACAAUUCACCCAGGAGGCAAAAGCCAUCAUCUGUUGCCCUGACUACAACAUGGGAUGAUGAUGACUCUGAUCUUCUGAGAACCUUUAUCAUGCUGAGAUCUAAAAAUACGUUCCCCCAAAGAGAGAAGGAAAAUGACAUAGAUAGUCCUGAAAAGGUGCUGCAGGUUGAAGAAGAGCCUUUGCAUGUUCCCAAAGAGGACAGUUCUGUUUCCGAGACUGUAACAGUAGCAAAAACAGAGCAGAAAAAUGAAAACAGCAUCACAGUCAAUAUUCAAGCUUCAGGAAGCCAGUGCCAAGCAUACUGUCUCCUGGAAGCUGCUGCUGCACCCGUUCUAAAAGAUUUGUCACAUCUGGGCAUACUUGCAGCUGUAAAUUGGAACUUUAUCAACAUUAAGUUUGACCACACAAGGUUUUUCUUGAAACAGCAGGAGAAAGUGAUAAGUGAUCAUUUUAAAGAAGGUAAAAUAGACGAGAAAGAGACCAUGCUGUUCAGACAUGCUGCUCUGGUGCAUCUGUUGGUAACCAUUCGAGACCUUCUUUUAACAUGUGGCUUAGACACAGCAUUAGGAUAUUUGUCCAAGGCAAAGGAUAUCUAUAAAAACAUCUUAGAAUCCUGUUUGGAUAAAAUCUGGAGGCAGCUGAAGAUUGUACAGUACAGCAGCCAGAAAAAACAUGAAACCAAUCCCAAAAUAACAGAACUUCAGAGUCAAAUGCUGAAUUACAUGCAGAGUAAUAGAGAGGAAUGCAGUGUUAAGAUACUAAUCAUAACAAGAACGGACUCUGAGAGAGAAAAGGCUGCCCUUAUUCACAGUUUAUCUGUAGUGGAAGGUUUAAAAGCUGCAAAUUUGAAUACUGAGAAAAAAGGAGCCUCUUUAGGAUGUAAAGAUAUCAUAAGCUACAGAUAUUCCUGUGUUAUUGUACAUAAUCAGCACAUUGGAGCAGACUUCCCUUGGACACACUUCUCAUUGGUGAUGGAAUAUGAUUAUUCUGAGAACUCUUGCUGGAAAAAUCACUGUAAAAAUCUGAAUAUUACUUACAUGACUUUUAAAACCACUCUUCCUGAAACAACACCCGUGGGGGAUAACAGUGGUUCAGUUCUUCUGGAGGUGCCAAUUCCCUAUAUAUUUCUGACAUCUGAGGGACUUGUUAACAUGCCAGACAUCCUUCAGCUUUUGGAAUCCAAGUAUAACAUUACAUUUGUUGAAAGAAACUGUAGUCACUCAUUAUGUCUCUUUGGAAGUCCAGAUAAAUAUGUUGUUUUAACAAUAGAUGAAUGUACUGCUGUCUUUUUGCAGAAUAUAGAUGAGCUAAAUUAUGAGAAAUCCUCUGAAAAUCUAAUAUUGAAGCUGAUGGCAUUAUCACUCCAGUAUAGCUGCUGCUGGAUUGUCUUCUAUUCCAGAGAAAGACUGAGUUCAGUGUACAGUCUCAGGGGACCAGUUGUGCAUCACCUUGUCUUAAUUUAUGCCAGUUUAGUUCAAUUUGCACAGAGGUCAGAAGACUUUGAAAUAAAGGUGGUUCUUAUGCCAGGGGUUGAAGAAGCAGCACUGGUAAUUCGUCAAAUUGCUGAUAAUAUUUUGAUAGCAUCUAACAUCAGUCCUCAUGAGUGGUUGGACAAGUCCUGGCUCUCUGUCUUGCCAUCCGAGCCAGAGAAAUGCCUGCUUGCUUUUCCAUGUAUCAACCCUCUAGUGGCCCAGUUUAUGUUAAAGACGGGAUCUUCACUGAAGAGACUGUUUCAUGCAAGCUUUAAUCAGCUUCAGGAACUGCUGCCACAGGUUCCAAAAAAAGUUUUAAAGCAUUUUAGUGAAAUCACAUCUUUGUACAGUCUAAAUCCUGCUGCCCCACCAGAAUCAGAAGUAAAAUGUGCAUCACCAGCAAAAAAGUGGAGUAUUUUCGACAUCCUCUAUCCAAACUAUGAUCAGAAUUAUCAGUCUUCAGAUCUGCAGGAUAAAGCCCAGGCUGCCACAGGGCCAUCUGAUGUGAACUCUGAAGCCUCAGUCCCACCACUGAGUCACCAUCAGGAGUUUAUUGACUCUGACCUGUCAAGUUAUAUGCAACGGAAGCCAAGUUCCUCAGGUGCAGCUGUGGGGAAGAGGCAGGACUUCUUUGUUGUUCCAAAGGAUUACGAAGAUCUUGCUCAUCCAGAUGUUAAGAGUUCUGUUCAUGUUCAACAACAGCCCUUCAUGCUGUACUGUAGCUCUGACAAUUAUUCCAAAAAUUCUGAAGAGAAUUUCUUUUCAACUUCCAGUGAAUAUGCAUCUCCAGAGAGAUCUAACAGUUUUCUGGAAUUUAGAGAUGUGACUUCUAGGAGCGCAGAAAUUCUGAUUGACAAGACCCCUUGGAAUGACCAUUCAUCCGCUUGUGCAUAUGAUUCAUUUGUCCCUGUUGAUCCAGAUGAGCUUCAAAGUCUAAGUUUUCAGUCAAGAGCUAGAGAAUCUUCAAGAAAAAGAGUAAAAAGUGCCUCAUUAUUAUGGACAGAAGAAACAAAUGUGACAGAUUUGGGAAUAGCAGAAGUACCACGGGGCAAAAAAAGGAGAUUGACAUUUGAAAGAGUCCCUGGCAGAAGUGAUGGACAAACACGUCUCAAGUUCUUUUGA